GGUAGUAGUGAGUAGUCGCGUUGGGCAGGGAACAGUUGCUGUCUUGUAGCCAGUUGGGCCGGUGUGCUGUUGUGCUGGGUUCUUCUGUAGUGAGACGUGCGGUUGUAAUAUAAUUUGACAUUACAUUUCGUGUGUUGUCACCAUUCAGGUUUGAUUACAUUGUAAUUGUUAUGAUUACUGAAAGUUCGUAGAUUUAAAAGCAUCAUUAGUUUGAAUAUUACUUGUUGAAUGUGAUUACUGUUGGAACCAAAAUGGAAACUGAACUAGAAGGACAAAAUGUUGCAACAGGUGUUUCUUCCCCGGACAUUUCAGAAAUAAAUAAUUUUCCCCCAUUAAAGAAAACAGAACCAUCGUCACAAAAUAGUCGAGCCUUAUUGAAGUCCAUAGCCAAAACCAGAUCUGGCAGUGUCAAAUUGGGUUCUUUCAAAUUCGGCGGAAAAAAGAAGAUAAAUUCCGAGGAAGAUUCUAGGUUUGAAGUGAAGGAGACGAAAAAGAAGGCAAAGACCAAGAAAGAGAGGAUGGGUGAUAAUAGCGACAGACAAGAGUCUGAGAGCAGUGCAGCGUCUACACCCUCUCCAGGCAACAAGCAGUCCAUACCGAGCAAGGCUUCCUCGCUUGUUCGGAAGUUAAGUAUUGGAAAGUACAAAGCGAGUGGGUCAAGGAAAGCUGUCAAAUCGGCGGAUACUCCCUCUUCUCAAGACGAAUACCAAUCUUUCUCCACCGAAGAGGAAAGCGUCGUAAGCCCAUCUGUUUCAUCAGCUGCAACGAGUCAGGAAGUCAGCGCAACACCCAAUCAGGAUGCGGCAGCACCAAUUGACCAGUGGACUAUCAUAAAAGGCAGCAAAUCCGAUUCAAGCUUUGCUGACUCAUCCACACCGACCACACCUGGAAUUACGGACUCCUUGCCCGUAUUAGAAUCGACAUCUCAAGAAGAAAUUGAUGGGAUUGUCAACGGCAAAAACGGAGGUAUGAUCGUCAGCGAGGCAUUUCUUUCGACGUCAACAAAUUCUGACGUCAAGAAUUUGGCCGAAGUUCGGACAUGCGAUUUCGAGUCGGGCAAAUCUGAAGACGACCCGAUUGCAAAUUCAAAUGGCGAUGUGAUACUGCCCACGCACUACUGUGAUCCUGUGUCUCUCUCACCUGUUUGCAAGAAGCGACCCUUUGCAGAUGAAGACAGACUUUCGAAACAUGAAGCGUGGUUCAUACAGUUCAACGAAGAUGAAGGUUGUUCGUCGGAAGGAGAUACCGACAACAGGCCCACUACCAAAGACAAGAUCCUGACCAUAACAACUCCCCUGAUGAUGAAACAGCAGGACUUUGAGGAGCACUGGAAGCAGCUCGAUUCGGAGGUUGGGAACAUGGAGUCACUCACAAGUGCGUUGUCGGCUGUGUCCAAGGACGUUGGGAAGCUCCCCGUAUCCGUGUCGGAGAAGGUGAUGAAGAUGAAAUAUCCGUCAGAGUAUACGAACAUGUUGUCAGCUGUGGUGCACUACAGAAUGCGCAUGCUGAAACAGGAGCAGAAGGCCGCCGCGAAGCAUGAACAUCUAUACAAGAUACUGGUGAUUGGUGAGCUUGGUACAGGCAAAACGUCAAUUAUCAAGCGCUACGUCCAUCAGUUCUUUUCCCAGCAUUACCGAGCCACUAUUGGCGUUGACUUCGCUCUGAAGGUCCUGAACUGGGACGCAAACACCAUCGUAAGACUGCAGCUCUGGGACAUUGCAGGCCAAGAACGGUUUGGAAAUAUGACUCGGGUGUAUUACAAGGAAGCAGUUGGAGCAUUCAUUGUUUUUGAUGUCACGAGAGCUGCUACAUUUGAUGCAGUUGUUAAGUGGAAGCAGGACCUGGAUGCCAAGGUGCAGCUACCAGAUGGCUCUGCCAUACCGUGUGUCCUUCUGGCAAAUAAGUGUGAUCAACCAAAAGAAGGGCUUGUAAAUAAUCCUUCUAAGAUGGAUGAAUACUGUAAGGAACGAGGUUUCACUGCCUGGUUUGAAACUUCUGCAAAAGAUAAUAUCAAUAUUGAGGAUGCUGCAAAAUGCUUAGUAUCAAAGAUUUUGCAGAAUAAUAAGAUGAUAAACAGCAAUGAAUCUUCAAAUGAUCUCGAGAGAUUUACUCUUGAUGGAAGAAACCAGAGAGAACAGAAGAGCAAGACAUGUGGUUGCUGACAGAGUUCUUGAUGUGUAUAAUAGAACACUUUCAUGUGCUUCGUGUUGAUUACAAGGGCAGUCUGCUCGAAUGAAUGUGUAUGGAGAUCCGUUUGGAUUACUGUAUUGCUGGUUGUUGCCAUAUUUAUUGCUAGAGGUCAGUAGUGUAAGUUGAAUAGCAGCUAAACUUUCCACCAAUAGGGGCCAUGACUUCAAGAUGAUGUCAGAUUAGAAAAGUGAUUAAAUAUCUAAGUAUUGUGCUGUUGUAUAACAUUUACUAAAUGUGUUACUGGAAGACAUAAAUACAGAAUAAGCACUCAGUUUGUUUGAAAUGUGGUGAAUGUUGAGAAGACAAAAUGCCGAAUACUGCUUAUGCUGUGGUGUUCAGUAGUUUCAUGGGUUUUUGGCGACUGUCCAACAGCAGUGUGGGGGUGGUGCAGGUGCAUAUUUAUCAGAUGUGUACUCUCCUAAUUCACCAGCAAAUGCAGUUUUUUUAGUAUAUAUUUUUGUUAAUUGGUGUACCCACUUCAGAGAAGCCUUUUGUUUUGGAACCCUCUAAUGUCUUUUCUUUCAAGGUUAAAGAUUGGUCAUUGCUUUACUGCACAGCUGUGCUUUUGUGCCUUGAAACUAAGACUAAGUAUGAUGGAAAUGUGUUGUCAACAGUAAUUUAGUAUCAGACUUCACACAAUUUGUUACAAACUAAAUGUUUUAUAUUCAACAUUUAACUUAGUUAUACUUCUGCAAGAUUGCAUGAUACAUAUUUGUACUGUUUUAAAAAUGUUGUUACAGAAUAAUUACAAUUUCAGCUUAGUAAAGAUGUGACUAAUUCUUUAGGAUCUAAAUCAAUAUAUGCUUCAGAUAGAUUUCUUAUAUGUACGUUUUUAGUUGUCUUUCCUGUGUUGAAUUGAAAAAAAAAGUAGUCUUCUUUGUCUGCAAUAAAAAAUAUGAAUUACAAAAACAUAAUGUAAACAAAAUAUGGUCGCUUGGAUGGUAUGCUACAGAAUAUAGCUGUAAGUUAUACACCACAUGCAUUUUUAGUGUAUAAAUGAUUUGUAAUUUUCUUAAUAUUUGCCUUGCUUUACAUCACUGUGCAAUUUGAUAACUGUGGCCAUAUUUCCUUGUGUAUAUCGUAUUUUUAUAAGUAUGUUUGUAAUGUAUUUAGAUAUUAAAUUAUGAAUUUCCCUAG